ACAUCCGCGUGCGCGCAUGACGUAUACAUAUUUACAACUGCAACGUCGCCGUUGCAGCUGUGCGUGGUUUAUGGACGAAUCCCACGUGCGUUUGUUUUCUAUGCCUGCACGUUCAAUACGCCGUAUAUGCGCUUUUCAUGCGGGACACCGCCAGUACUCGCAUACCUCGAAAUAUAUUCUCACUGUCCGCAGGAAUAUAAUUUUGUAAUUAAUAAUAAAUAGCAAGGCUAUUUGACGCCCACGCGUUAAUAACAGUCACAAACCAAGUGUGUUGUUCAUACUCUCAUCUCUAUUUUUAAAUGACUCGGUCUUAUGCACCUGAAAGUGAGUCACUCCUAUUUUUUUCCCAAAACUUACAUCCAGCAUCCUUUGUUGCACCAUUAAUUUAUCUAGACAAAAUUUUAUCUCCUUUAUUGUCUUACGCGAUAUUGGUUCUUUAUUAAUAUAUCUUCGGAAAAAAAGUUUAAUAUAUAUGAUAUCGGUACGUGCGAGAUCCGAUCCGGUACUCGAAUGACUAGAAAUAAAAUUGAUAAACCGUAAAAUUAAAAAAAAUCCUCGUUUGAAAGGGGCAAAAUCCUCGUUUGCUUAUGAUGAUGAACAUUAUCAACGAUACUCGCGAUAGCGAAUUCCGAAUGGUCCUCUUCGCUUGCGAAGGUAAUUCACGGUAUACUUUAUUGCCGUUUGCGGCGUAUUCGAGCGAGCGUUAGCGGAAUUAUCGAUGUCUGUCGAACGAGCAGGAAUUAUCGGCGCAUUACGCAACCGGGCAUUCCUGCCCAGGUGCAGGACACUAUACGCGGGGACGCGUCUCCGUGGGUGAGAGCGCGGAGGAGGCCCGCGCGCGGAUGUCCCCGCGGAGAGACACGCAAGUCGCCACACGUGUGUAUACACACGUCCGCGAUCGCUGGAAGGGGUUUAUCAGCAUUCGGCGUUGCUUAGCUGGCAACUGCCGGCUUCACCUCACCUCGCUCUCGCCGGUCUCGCUUAGUGCCCGUUUAACUAGCCGGUCGUGCCGCACCUGUCGCACCAGACGAUCGCACCGGACCGUCCGAUCGCGACGAGAACCUGACGCGCGGAGGUCCGGGAACCACUUUUCCUCUCCCCCGUCUUUCUCUCCCACUCGCCUCUCUUCCUUUGUGGAACCUCAAUCGCGAUUCCGCUUAUCAGCACUGUCUAAAUCCUUUCGCGGAUCUCUUGAUCCCAAAUUUGAUUUUUUCACGACUGGUCGGAAGACCGCGAGUACUUCUAUUGUGGGAUCUACCAACAUCAUGAAAUCCACAAUGCCAUCGCUUCUCAGUAGAUACGCGAGUAAAUCGCGAUAACACGCUGAUAUCGGUAAUCUUGAGCAAACGCGCGACAUCUUACAUAGACAACGUCGCGAGCGAGGCAUGACAAGACGGUGUUCGCGAAUUCGGCUGGUUGAUUCAUACUCACGAUGGGAACUCUCGACGAUUUGACGCUAUAUUUUUACAUUGCAUGCGGUAUCACCGCCGGCGCGCUUAUCACGCUAUUCGUUUUGGUGAUCGUGCUAUUCAUGAAAGUAAAUCGAUUAGCCGAGGACGGGUCCAACCAACUAAACAGGCAGGCGAGUAUAAUGGCGGACUUUUGUUACACCAAUCCCACGAUCGUGCCUGGUGAAUUACUCUCUCGUCGUGGCUUCUCCAUGUACAGCGGGGCCGACAACUUCGACGAGGACUUCGGCAAGAACAAAAACGUCCAUUACGGAACGUAUCAUGAGGCUCGAUCGAAAUUCUGAUCGAAAAUUCGAAAUCUGAGAUGAUCGAUCUCAUAUCGUUAGUGCAGUUUAUCCGCGCCAAUUAAUCAAUCAAAUAGAGAUUAGUAAUGUAAAAAUAUUAAUUUAAGUUAUUAUUAGCUAGAUCCAAUUAUUAUUAAUAGUAUUAUUUACUCCUAAAUGUAUAGUAUUUCUCUGUGUAACUUAUUGCGUAAUGUACAUACGCCCGCGAUUCAGCAUCCAAGUUCAAUUUUUCUGAUUGACUUUACGCAGAUGUUAUACAUAUGUAUAUGUAUAUGUCGCCUAAGUAUUGAAAAUUUCCACGGCCUUUCGCUGCGGCGUGAAAUAACGAUUAAAAUCGAUAGAGUUCGAUCGAUAUGCAAUAUGUAAUUGAUAAUUGAAAAAAAUCGAAGUGCCAUUUUAUCAGAGACAAUUUCCAAUUGCGUUAACUUCGAUUUAGCUGCAACAUCUUUGAGUAUCAUCGAAUUAUUGAAAUAAAAAUUAGUAGACAUCUCGAAGAACAAUAGAAACGACAAGAUAACACGCGAAUACAAUCAUUUAUUUGUCAUAUUAUUAUUAUUAUUAUUAUUAUUAAGGCUGUUUUCAUCGCUAUCUGUUUUAUCGGUUAUCCCAUUCAUCGAUGCUGAAAGUUUGUCAGAGAACGUUUAGAUGUCUCCGCAUACAUUUCACGCCGCAGAGAAAAUAUACACGGUGCUCCGAAAUGAUCGCACUUCUUUUCCUCAAGAUUGGGACUUGAGAUGCAUAACUUCUUGAGAUGCAUUUAGGACGCGCAAUAUUUUUCAAUAUACGAGAAGAGGGUAAUGCUAGACUUUGUGCAAUAUACUAGUCGACUCAAUAUUUUUUUUACAGAUUCCAUAAUCCGUGAGGAUCUAGCCAAUGUAUAAAUGAUGAUGUAAUAUAAUAUUGAAGUAAUAUGCAAUACCAAAGAUAACAUCAUGCUAUAAUUUAAAGAUCACGUAGACUGGAAAAUAAUUAAUUGCUUAGCAGAAUUUGAGUUUUAGUAUUCAAAUUUACGAGAAUUUGCUUGAUACUCAUAUUUAUCAUAUGCAUAAUAGUAUAGUAUACGCACAGAUAAGAUACAAUUUAAAAAUAGCACUUCUGAGUAAAUUAAAUUUAACAACAAGGUAAAUUAAAUUUAACAAAGUUUGAACUAAUUAAAUAAUUAAUUUAAUUAGGUUAAAUUAUGAAAUUAUAAAUAAAAAUGCAGAUGUUUUAUCUACAAUUUCGUAAACAGUUACACGCAAAUAUGUAAUAUAAUCAUAAUUGAUUAUUUUCCGGUACACAUGUCGAACACAUUCUUCUGUAUUGUGUCGUUUAUUAGUGUGUUAUUAAUUUAAAUAUAUACUUCUUGCCAUA